UCGGUUCUUAGUUUAUUGAUAUGCUAUUGGGAUUCUGUAUUAUCGAACUACCAGACUCGAACGAACUGAGAGUUUUUAAAAAGUUGAAUGCGUUCGGAACGAAGCGCGAGGCAUACGGAGUUCAUGUAGAAAAACUGUACGAAUAGAGAAUUCUUUUUCUUUGCAACAUUUCGGAGGAGUUCCAAACUCGGCGAGGAAGAAUUUUGAUUACGUCACUGGGAGGAAGAUGGAGGAUAAAGUUCCAAAAUAUUCAAAAAUUCGAAAAAAUAGAUAGCAUGUAAAAUGGACCAAGGUGAAAGAAGUUCCGACUUCAAUUACCAUUACAGCAAUAUUGAAAUUCAUUAAUAUAAGAAAAAAAAUGAAUGUAUCAAUAAAACUCAUCAUCAUUUUUUUAUUGACUUUACUUCUCCCUUACGCUUACUGUAAUAAGAAAAAUACUACACAGUUUUUAUGCAAGGAUGGGCUGUUAUUACCAAGAUGGCUACCGGAUAGGAAUCUAAGUACGGGAGAUGUAGUAGCGAGAGGUUUGAUUUAUUUUGUUGCUCUAGUUUAUAUAUUCAUAGGAGUAUCCAUCAUAGCGGAUCGUUUCAUGGCUUCUAUUGAAGUCAUCACAUCGAAGGAGAAAGAAGUUGUGAUCAAGAAACCAAAUGGUGAAACACAAACAAUAAAUGUUAGGAUAUGGAACGAAACGGUUUCCAAUUUGACUCUAAUGGCACUCGGAUCAUCUGCACCCGAGAUAUUGCUGUCCAUCAUUGAAGUAUACGGACAGAAUUUUGAAGCUGGUGAGUUAGGACCAGGAACUAUAGUGGGUAGUGCUGCUUUUAAUAUGUUUGUCAUUAUAGCAAUUUGUGUAUGGAGCAUACCUUCUCCUGAAAAUCGUAGGAUAAAGCACUUGAGAGUAUUUUUCGUCACCAUGACUUGGAGUGUCUUCGCUUAUAUUUGGCUUUACCUCAUCUUAACCUGGUCGAGUCAUGGAGUGAUCGAAGUAUGGGAGGGGCUCCUGACUUUUUUUUUCUUCCCAACCACUGUUCUAACAGCUUAUAUUGCGGAUAGAAGGUUAUUUAUUUAUAAAUUCCUAUCUAAACGGUACAGGAUGAACAAGAGGGGUGUUAUAGUCGAAGGUGAGGGUGAUGUGGAGAUGGGCACUGCUAAUAAAAGCAGUGCUUCCGAUACCGGGUUUAAAGUGUUCGAAGAAGAAGAUAACGAUGAGAUCAGAGAAUUUGAGGAGCAUAGACGGGAAUAUAUACAGUUAUUGAGGGAUAUCAGAAGGAAAAAUCCUCGAUGCAGUAUGGACGAAAUCGAAAUGAUGGCAAGAGAAGAGAUCUUAAACAAAGGACCCAAAAGUAGGGCUUUCUACAGGAUUCAGGCCACCAGAAAAUUGAUGGGUGGUGGUAAUUUGGUUAGAAAGAAGAUCGAACGUCCAGAACCUCCACCUACUAAAGAACAGGUUAAGAAGAAAGAAGAGAAAGACGAUUCGGUUAGGAUUUUCUUUAAUCCUGGCCACUAUACAGUUAUGGAGAAUGUGGGCCAAUUUGCAGUAACUAUCAGCCGAGAGGGUGACCUGAAUAAUGCAGUUUGCGUAGAUUUUGCCACCGAAGAUGGAACCGCUAACGCCGGUGACGAUUACGAACCCCUAGAGGGUACAAUUGUCUUCCGUCCUGGUGAAGCUCACAAACAGAUCUUCAUCACGGUCAUCGACGAUGACGUUUUCGAGGAAGACGAACAUUUUUACGUCAAGCUGAGCAAUCCACGUUACUUACUCUCACCGGACGGUUACCCUCGUGCCAUGAAUGGUUCUCCGGGCCAAAUUAAUCCCAGGCCACCCGUGAAGCUAGUGAACCCUUCUCUUGCUACAGUGAUGAUAUUGGAUGAUGAUCACGGAGGUAUUUUCACAUUUAGUGACUCUCAACAAGAGGUGCCUGAGUCUAUUGGACUGUAUAGGCUACGUGUCAACAGAUAUAGCGGUGCUCGGGGAAGAGUUUUUAUAACUUUUAGAACCCUAGAUGGAAGUGCUAAAGCUAAUAAAGAUUACGAACCUAUUGAUGGUGUUCUAUUGUUCGAAAACAACGACACUUGGUAAGUAU